AUGUCAGAAAGCAAAAAUGCGGGCAUCUCACCCGCUCUGGUCGAGUCCGUUGCCGGUCUCUCGGCCGGCUCGGUUGCGACUUUGGUAGUUCACCCGCUUGAUAUCGUGAAGACGCGGAUGCAAAGAAGCUUAGUUCACCGGAGCGCGGCCAAUCCGUCAGUGUCGCUGACAACCAUGUCUCUCAUCCGCACGCUCACACAGAACCCGCAUCCCAUCGCCUCCCUCUACCGCGGCUUGACGCCGAACCUCAUCGGCAACGCCUCAAGCUGGUCCGCCUUCUUCUUCUUCAAGUCGCGCGUCGAGCGGGCCAUUGCGCUCUGGAGAGCCGGCUACAUGCCGCUGACGAGCGGCUCCGGUGCCAACGCCCGCAACCUGACCAAGGAGUACCUCACCACCCAGGACUUCUUCGUGUCGUCCGCGCUCGCCGGAGCGCUGACACAGGUCCUGACGAACCCGGUCUGGGUUCUCAAGACGCGCAUGCUCUCGUCCGACCGCACCGCUGCGGGCGCCUACGCCAACAUGUGGACCGGCGCGCGGCUGUUGUAUCGCUCCGAGGGCCUGCGGGGCUUCUAUCGUGGCCUCGGCGUCAGUCUGAUCGGGGUUUCGCACGGCGCAGUACAGUUUGCCGUGUAUGAGCCCGCCAAAAAGAUGUAUUUCGCCGGAAGGCAGCGGAAGGGCGACAAUGGAGGGCGGGUGAGCAACGAGGCGACGGUGGUCAUCUCGAGUGUCUCGAAGCUAGUCGCUGGGGCUGUGACGUAUCCCUACCAGGUACUCCGGAGUCGACUACAGAACUACGACGCCGAUGAGAGGUUCGGACGGGGUAUCCGGGGUGUUGUGAAGAGGAUUUGGCAGGAAGAAGGCGUCAGGGGUUUCUACAGAGGCCUUAUGCCGGGAGUUGUGAGGGUGAUGCCGGCUACAUGGGUCACUUUCCUUGUGUACGAGAACGUCAAAUACUACUUACCACAAUGGGCGGAGUAG